CUUAAGCGUUUCCGUGUGUAUGUGUGUGUGCGCGCGCGUGUGUUUGUGGAAAAGAAGUAUGAGUGAAUGUACGCCUGAGUCAAUAUAGAUAAGAAACGAUUGCGAUUCCCAGUACCGACACACACUCUGUAGCAUUAAUCGGAUAACUAAAUGUCACAAGUCGUUGCUUUAGUUAUGCCAAGUAACAGUUUAUUAGCAAACUAGUUAAUAAAAUUAACUUAUUUUCAAGUGGAAUACCCUAACUGAAAAUAGCGAGCCAGCGAAGAAAAAGCGGUUUGGAAUCUAUAAUAUGAAAAAAGACAAGGCUGAAGCAUUAGGUUUUGUCCCUCAAAAAGACAUUGUCUAUAACAAGCUUCUUCCAUACGCGGACAAGCUAGACAUUGAAUCCAAUGAAAUUUUGUGUAAAAUCAAAGGUAAUUUGGCCCGGGCAGUCCAGCUCAGGGAGUUAUGGCCUGGAGUCUUGUUUUGGACCCGGAAACUUUCUACGUACAUGCGGCUGUACGGGAGAAAAUUCAACAAGGAGGAUCAUGUGCUGUUUGUGAAUCUCCUCUACGAGCUGGUGACCAUCCCCAAACUGGAGAUCAGUAUGAUGCAAGGAUUUGCUCGACUCCUUAUCAAUCUUCUCAAGAAGAAGGAGCUGCUCUCUAGGGAGGACCUGGAACUGCCCUGGAGGCCCCUCUAUGAGCUUCAGGAGCGGAUUCUCUACUCUAAGACCGAGCACCUUGGCCUCAACUGGUUCCCCAACUCUCCUUGGCCGCACGCUUCCUCUAAACACGUAAUGAUAACGUUUAUUCAGAAAUGCUCUGUUGAAAAUGUGCUGAAAACACUUGUGAAAAGCUGCAGGCCGUACUUCCCAGCAUCAUCCACCCAGGAGAUGCUAGAUGAAUGGCGCCCGCUGCUCUGCCCCUUCGAUGUCACCAUGCAGAGGGCCAUCAGCUACUUCGAGCUCUUCCUGCCCACCACACUGCCCCCGGAGCUGCAUCACCAGGGCUUCCAGCUUUGGUUCAAAGAGCUAAUAGAUUUGUGGCUGUCAGUGCAGAACCUGCCAAGCUGGGAGGUGCAUCUAGUGAACCUCUUUGCCCGCCUUGCCAAUGACAACAUCGGCUACAUUGACUGGGAUCCCUAUAUUCCCAAGAUAUUUACCAGAAUCUUGCGAAGUUUAAAUCUUCCGGUGGGAACCAGUCAGAUGUUGGUUCCGAGAUAUGUGACGAACGCCUACGACAUCGGCCACGUCGUCAUCUGGGUGUCCUCACUUCUGGGAGGACCCAGUAAGCAAGCCCAGAAACAGCUGACCGGCCUUUUCAAAAGCAUCACCUCAUUCUUCCAUCCCUCAAAUCACGGCCGCUGGCUGAUGAAGCUGAUGAAGCUUCUUCAGCGUCUCCCCGCCAGUGUGGUGCGGCGGCUGCACCGUGAGCGCUACCGGAAGCCCACUUGGCUGACCCCCGUGCCCAACAGCUACAAGCUGACAGAGCAAGAUGUCACCGACUUCGUAGAGAGCAUGAUGCAGCCGGUGCUGCUGGCCAUGUUCAGCAAGACAGGUAGCCUGGAUGCGGCGCAGGCCCUGCAGAAUCUGGCGCUGAUGCGGCCUGAGCUCGUCAUCCCCCCAGUGCUGGAGAAGACCUACCCCGCUCUGGAGACACUUACUGAGCCGCACCAACUGACAGCUACGCUAAGCUGCAUGAUCGGCGUGGCUCGCAGCCUGGUCACUGGGGGGCCCCACUACCCUGAGGGUCCUACACACAUGCUACCCCUUCUCAUGAGGGCCCUGCCAGGCGUUGACCCCAACGACUUCAGCAAGUGCAUGAUCACAUUCCAGUUCAUCGCAACCUUUUCUACUCUCGUGCCUUUGGUUGACUGCUCGUCCGCCAUUCACGAAAGAAGCGACCUGACAGAAGUUGAGCGGGAGCUGUGCUCCGCCUCGGCAGAGUUUGAAGACUUUGUGCUUCAGUUCAUGGACAGGUGCUUUGCGCUGAUCGACAGCAGCACGCUGGAACAGACCCGUGAGGAGAUGGAGACAGAGAAGAUGACCCACCUGGAGAGUCUGGUGGAGCUCGGUCUAUCUUCCACCUUCAGCACCAUCCUCACACAGUGCUCCAUGGACAUCUUUCAGGUGGCCCUGGAGAAGGUCUUCAACUUCGCCACGACCAACAUCUUCGAGACGCGGGUAGCAGGCCGGAUGGUGGCUGACAUGUGCCGAGCUGCAGCCAAGUGUCACCCAGCAGAAUCUCUGAAACUUUUUGUGCCACGCUGUUGCAACGCCAUAACCCAGAUCACAGCCAAUGAAGAGGUCCUCAAGGAGGAAGAGCUUGACAAGGAGCUGCUUUGGAACCUCCAGCUUCUCUCAGAGGUGGCCCGUGUGGAUGGCGACAAGCUGUUGCCCUACUGCUCACAGCUGGUACAGAUUCUGCAACUGACGUUGCACCUCAAGAGCAAGCAGGGUUACAGCCUGGCCUGCAACCUGCUGCACCACAUGCUGCGCUCAACUGCCCUAAUCUACCCUACGGAGUACUGCAGCAUCCCGGGGGGGUUCCACUGGCCCCUCCAGGACUACCUGCCCGUCAAGGACUGGGGGCGACCAGGAGACCUGUUCAACCUGCAGAUCCAGUGGCACGUGCCUAGCCCUGAGGAGGUCACCUUUGUCUUCGAUGUCCUUGACCUGCUUCUCCGGCCUGAGCUGCAGCGCCUACAGAAAUACGCCGAGGGGGAGCAGGGCAUGAACAGGGAUGACGUCCUGCAGAGCCUUUCCAUUGUGCAUCACUGCCUGCUGGGAGCUGGGAACUUGCUUCCACCCCUGGAUGGGGAGCCCGUGCCCGGCCUGGUGGAGAGCCUGGUGAGCCUAGAAGAGACCACACUUCACACCGGUGUGGAAUAUGACCUCAUCAGGGAGAACUAUCGGGAGGCUAUCUGCAAGGUGAUGAGGGAGCUUCUCCACUACAUCCUGGAGCAUUCAGAAGAUGACACCAAGUCACUUUUUUCUAUCAUUAAGAUCAUUGGUGACCUGCUCUACUUCAAAGGUUCCCACAAGCAGGAGUUCGACUCCCGAUGGAAGAGUUUCAACCUCGUAAAAAAGUCGAUGGAGAACAGGCUCCAUGGCAGGAAGCAGCACAUCCGGGCCCUGCUGAUAGAUAGGGUGAUGCUGCACCAUGAGCUUCGCAAGCUGACGGUGGAAGGUUGUUUGUUCAGGAGCGUCCACCGGGACCUGCUGAGAGACCUCCUCCGUUUGUCCACCAGCACCUACAGCCAGGUGCGGAGCAAAGCCCAGAGUGUGCUCUUCACCGCACUGGGGACCUACAACUUCUGCUGCCGGGACCUGAUCCCCCACGUACUGGAGUUCCUGGAGCCUGGCCGCAGUGACGUCACACAGCAGCAGUUUAAAGGUGCCUUGUACUGUCUCUUGGGCAACCACAGCGGUGUCUGUCUGGCCAACCUGCACGACUGGGACUGCAUCGCACGGACCUGGCCAACCAUAGUGAGGUCAGGCCUCAGCCACGUCAUGUCACUGGAGAAGCCGUCCAUCGUGCGCCUGUUUGAUGACCUCGCCGACAAGGUCCACCGGCAGUAUGAGACCAUCGGCCUCAACUUCGACAUUCCAGAGAGCUGUUCAGCUUUGGGGCUGUCGAUGUUGAAGUCUGGGAGCCCCACUCCCAGUAUGCCAGUCCCCACACCCGAGGAGAUGGAAGAGGGAAUGCAGAAGCAGCAAGCAAAGAACCUUGAUGCCGUCCAGAAAUAUGAGAAGCUUGUUGGUGACCUGCUGGAUUGCCUCGGCAACCGGAACUUGCCCUGGAAGUUCGAGCACAUUGCCAUCGGAUUCCUGUCACUUCUCCUCCGGGACGACCACCCCCUGCCACCCAAGGCUGUCCUUUUCUUCGUCAAGAGCCUUAACCACGACGCGCUCAUCGUGCGUAAGAUGGCAAUCUCCUCCGUGGCCGGGAUCUUAAAACAGCUGAAGAAGCCCCACAAGAAAGUGCCUGUCAACCCGUAUGAGCUCAGUGGAUUUAUGGACUCUGGGGAGGUGGUCGCUGGGGACAGACCCAAUAACCAGUGGCUGCAGUAUGACAGCAGCUGUCUGCCACGUACUCAGCAGGCCUGGGAGUGCUGCCACUUUGUGGAGAAGACUCACUGGGGCUACUACAGCUGGCCACGGAAGCUGAUGGUCUAUGCCCCCUUGGAAGAGCAGCCCAAGCAGGGUUUGAGGAGGGAGGAGAUGACCGAGAGGGAGCAGAUCAUCUACGACCAUUUCUCUGACCCGGCAUUUAUCGACCAGCUUAUUGAAUUCUUGUCACUAGAAGAUCGUAAGGGCAAGGACAAGUUUAGCCCACGCCGGUUCUGCCUCUUUAAGGGUCUGUUCCGGAACUUCGAUGACACCUUCCUGCUCCUGCUGAAGCCGCACAUGGAGCGCCUGGUGGCCGACACCCACGAGAGCAAGCAGCGCUGCGUGGCCGAGGUCAUCGCCGGGCUCAUCCGUGGCUGCAAACAUUGGAGCUUCCAGAAGGUUGAGUCUCUCUGGAUGCUGCUGUGUCCCCUGCUCCGCACAGCACUGUCCAACAUCACCGUGGAAACCUACACGGACUGGGGCACCUGCAUCGCCACGGCCUGUGAGAGCAGAGACCCCCGGAAGCUGCACUGGCUCUUCGAGAUGCUCAUGGAAUCACCAGUCAAUGGGGAGGGCGGCUCCUUCGUCGAUGCCUGUCGUCUGUACGUACUCCAGGGUGGUCUAGCCCAGCAAGAGUGGAGAGUUCCAGAGCUUCUCCACCGCCUGCUGCAGUACCUGGAACCCAAACUCACACAGGUGUACAAGAACGUCCGCGAGCGCAUCGGCAGUGUGCUGACCUACAUCUUCAUGAUUGACGUCAGCCUGCCUUACACACGGCCCACGGCGUCGCCCCGCAUCGCCGAGUUCACAGAGCGCAUGCUGGUGCGCCUGAAGCCGCUCAUGGAGGGUGAGGAAGAGAUCCAGAAUCACGUGGUGGAGGAGAAUGGACUGAUGGAGCAGGACGAGCGGACGCAGGCCAUCAAGCUGCUGAAGACCGUGCUAAAGUGGCUGAUGGCCAGCACGGGGCGCUCAUUCUCCAUCGCCGUCCCUGAGCAACUACAGUUUUUACCUCUGCUCUUCAAGAUCGCACCGGUAGAGAACGACGACAGCUAUGACGAGAUGAAACGUGACGCCAAGACCUGCCUCUCGCUGAUGUCACAGGGUCUGCUGUAUCCUGCGCAGAUCCCCCAGGUCCUCCAGGUGCUGCAGGAGAUCGCGGAGAGCAGCUCCUGGCACGCACGUUACACGGUGCUCACCUACCUGCAGAUCAUGGUCUUCUACAACCUCUUCACCUUCCUGGAUGACGAGCAGGCUGUGUGUGAUGCCCGGGGGCUGGUCAUCAGACUGCUCGAGGAUGAACAGCUGGAGGUGAGAGAGAUGGCAGCCACCACCCUCAGUGGCUUCCUGCAGUGCAACUUCCUGUCCAUGGAUGGCCCCAUGCAGGCACACUUCGAGGCCUUGUGUAAGACGCGGCUACCCAAGAGGAGGCGGCGGGAGCCAGGCUCUGCGAUGGACACCAUCCCCUCGGCUGACCUGGUCCGUCGACAUGCUGGGGUCCUCGGCCUCAGCGCCUGCAUCCUCUCCAGUCCGUAUGACGUUCCCACCUGGAUGCCCCAGCUGCUCAUGGACAUGAGCGCCCACCUCAACGACACCCAGCCCAUAGAGAUGACGGUGAAGAAAACCCUUUCAAACUUCCGGCGCACUCACCAUGACAAUUGGCAGGAGCACAAGCAGCAGUUCACCGAUGACCAGCUCCUGGUGCUGACGGACCUGCUGGUCUCCCCCUGCUACUACGCCUAGCCCAGAGCAUGGAGACAGUCUCUCACCCAUCCAGAUUUUUUUUUUUUUUUAAUGGAAGAUGGUGGAACCAAUGAAGUCAGAAGAUUUCUUCAGUACUUAAGGGUUUCGGGCUGUUCUAUGACUGACUGGGGUCACAUUUGACCCCGCUGUGUGAACGAGAGAAGCUUAAUAGCACCCAGCCAAAAGGGAGGGGGGGUGGGGGCGGGGUUUUUUUUUUGUUUAACUAUUUAGCACGUGUAUACAUUUCUAAUAUACUUAAUAUUUAAGGUAAACCGAAGCAGGAUGGAUUUGCCUGCAAUUUGUAAUAUUAUUGUACAGUUUUUUUUUUUUUUUUUUUUUUUUUUUUUUGCAUGGGUGCAGAGUGAUUGGAAACCUCACCUGUGGAUUUCCCACAUACCCCCUUUCAAAGACCUCAAAGACCCCCCAGCUCCAUCACAUGGCCCGUUCACCCUCAUCGCUCCGUCCGAGUGAACAUCACCUUUAGUCAGCCAGCUGGAGCCAUUUACUGGCCGCAGAUGCCAUCGUAGCAAUUUUAAUUUUUUUUUUAUUUUCACGCACACACACAUACACAUGCACUCUCAUUUAUUACUUCAAACGUGCACAGACACAUUUGUGUGUUUAUUUUAUAUAUAUAAUAUGUACAUAUGUAGUAAUGUGUGUAUAUUACAUGUAUAUGGCAUAAAGACACAGAUGCAUAUUUAUUUUUUGAAGUGCUUUUUAUUACACAAUGAUAUUAAUGAUUUAAAUUUGGUUGUCGUGGGCGUGCACGUGGCAAGCCUGACAGAGUGUGUGUGUGUGUGUGAGCUUGUGUGCGUGUGCCUGCCUCUCUGCUCUGGCCACAGUGUUGUGCUUCCUGCAGCACGUGACUGAAAGCACGGCCUUCACGUAGACUCCCACUCCUCUUCUCACCUGUCCCGUCGUCAUCGUUGUCACUUCACUGAGAGAGGAGGGGAAUCCUUAUCAGAUUCUUUAUUUUGGGGGGUGGGAGUUAGGUGGGGAGGAGGGGUGGGUAAUCUUCACUGCAGUUUUGAAUCCAGUUCAGUUUAGUACCUCACGAAGUGUGAUACCUUACAGAGGUAACAGAGCCACUAUAGUGUAGUGCCAAAGCUGGGAUGGUUUUUAGAUGUUAUGUUUACUUAUAUUUAAUGCGCCAAUAAAAGGGUUGUUUGUAACAAAGUCUGAGGCCUCCUGUAGCAUCUGUCGGUGUACUGAGGUUGGGUUUCUCUCUGGGAUCAGGAAACUCAGGGAAGCGUCUCGUCUCUUCUUUCUUAUUGUAAUGUGUAACCUCAGAGUUAGCGUUCAUAUUCUUUCUUUUAAACGUUAGGUAAAUGCAAAUUUUACAGGUAACUCAGUUCGGCAGUGUAAUACUUUGAAUGUUGAGGCUUCCUCUAUCUGUUAAGUGCUGAUAUAAUCAAAUGGUUUACAGAUUUAGCCAACAAAAGUACGUCAAGAAAGCACCUAAUAUUGGUAAUUUCAGAACUAUCCAAACCUGAGGUAUUAGGCCUCCCCCCCCCAGGUGCUGACUGGGGUAUGCAUUGAGCCGGGGACAGAGAGAGAGAGGGAGAGAGAGCACUGCAAAAACGCUCUCCUCUCCUGUUCCCAUGGUGAUCUGCUGCUCUUCAGCCUCUUGGUUCAGUCCGAAAUUCAUGACCUGAAUCCCAAUCUCUAAGCUGUUUCCUGGAAUCAAAGUCCCUGUGGAAUGUUCAUCUUUUAAUGACUUCCAGACAAAAUUAAAGCUUUUAUUUCUGCA